AUGCGAGGUUUGAGUUUUAAAAAAAUACCCUGGAGAGUCCGCUCAGAAAAAAGAUCUUCCCAGAGAGUGGAUAAGAGCCGGUCCGGCGAUGGUUUGUCCAAGUCAGAGUUGCUUGCUACCGCGCCGCAAGACGAUGAUCUAUGGUUGAAAGCAGAGCUGCUGCUAAAGAAGAAUGAGAAAACCAGCAGAAUUUUAGCGGCAGCUACUGAAAUCCUCGAAGCCGAUUUCCGCUUCCAAGUUCCGUCGAACGCAUUGAUCGCGCGUGACCAAAUCUGCAGUUUCCUUGAUGCUCAAGCCCGUGAGCUGGAAGAGAAAAAGUGGGUGGUUACGCUGGGUGGACACAGUAUCGAAGUCGAGGACCGGCUCACCAGGACUUUCCGAAAUGUGUUGAUCGUCAAGGACAUUAUUCAUACUGCAGCUGCUGCAAGCCCACCAGCUGCCGUAGCCUGUGCGGGGGUUAUGCUCGUUGUGCAAGCCGUCGAGCAACAUGAAAGCCUCUUACGGGGCCUAGAAACGACCUCGGCCUUGAUUCCCCGCCUUCACCUUAUGGAAGACCUCUAUCUGCAGCAUCCCAACGCGAAAGUCACCGCUCGAUUGAGGAAGGAGUUCAGCGGAACUUUGACAUUAUUAUACUCCAAGGUCAUUGAAUUCCAAGCCAGAGCGAUAUGCUACCUACGAAACCACUCCGUUUCCCGGCUUUUCAGAAACAUGUUCAAGCAAGACGGGUGGAAUGACUUAGUGCAAGACAUGCAACGACUCGAGACAAACGCACAGAGCUUCGCUUCGGUGAUAGAACCCACGGUGGUGAGAGAAAAGCUCGAUAGUAUUGAGAAGGCAUUCUUGAAGGACCAAAUUUGGCGAACCACUUCAACCCGGGAUGAAAAGGCGAAGCAAUUCUUCAAGCUGCUCUACACCUGCCCGUACAGAGACCGCAAAGACAGGAAUAGCAAGCGUGUGCCAGGUACAUGUGAAUGGUUUACCAGCCAUUCUCGAUUCCAAAAGUGGGAGCACAGCGAUCAAUCCGGUCUCUUGUGGGUGACAGCCGACCCAGGAUGCGGAAAGUCAGUAUUGACUAAGUUCUUGGUCGAUGAUUUUCUCCCCAGCCACAGAAGAACGGUCUGUUAUUUCUUCUUCAAGGAUGAUUUUCCUGACCAGAGGAGCGCCGCCAACGCACUGUCAGCAAUCUUACGUCAACUUUUCAUGGCACAGCCACAUCUCCUACCGGAUUCGGUAUUGGAGAAACAGGACACUGAUGGGGAUAAACUCGUCGGAUCAUUUAAUGACUUGUGGGGUAUAUUAACCAGCGUCGCAAGCCACCUGAAAGCUGGGGAGAUCAUUUGCGCGUUGGAUGCACUAGACGAGUGUCCGGAAGACGACCGGAAGCAGCUCAUUCAAGCUUUGAAAAUUCUGUAUUCAGAAGAACGCCUCGAGAAGCACAAGUUAAAGUUCCUGGUGACAAGCAGGCCCUACGAUCACAUACGUCGCGGUUUCCAGGAAUUGGAAGACAAGGUGCCUACGAUCCAUUUAAGUGGCGAAGGUGAGGUUGAGACCCAGGAAAUCUCGCGUGAAAUCGACCUCGUUAUCAAAAAGCGGGUCGCGGACAUCGGCAAACAGAACGACCUACGGCCGGAUGAGUGUUUAUAUCUGCAGCAGCAACUCACCUCCGUCCGCAAUCGGACGUAUCUCUGGGUCAGCCUCACCCUUGAUGUCAUCGAGAACAUGUCCGGCUUUACGAAAGGAAAUAUUCGACAGACCGUACGAAACCUGCCGCAAAAUGUUGACGAGGCUUACGACAGGAUCCUCAAUCGGACUUCUGACAAGGCCAAGGCCAGGAAACUGCUACACAUUAUCACUGCUGCGGAGCGCCCACUGUCAUUGCGGGAGCUCUCUUUGGCCAUGGCAUUUAGCACCGGACAUCGGUCAAUCCCAGAUAUCCUGGACGAACACGAGAAGGACGAUAAAAGAUUCGAAAGGAGCAUAAGAGAUCUCUGUGGUCUCUUCCUCGUUGUAAUAGGUGGAAAAGUUUACUUGCUUCACCAAACUGCAAAGGAGUUCUUGGUGGGGAGCAGCCAGUCAGUACCACCAUCGCCCAAUGAUUCUCUUCAGAGCAACACAUGGAAGCAUUGCUUGAAGUCAGAGGAGUCUCACAAAAUUCUCGCACACACAUGCAUGUCAUAUUUGAUCCAUGAUACCACAGCGGAUUCCCUGCAUUAUUUUCUGGAGUAUGCAGCAUGGAACUGGCCGUCCCACUUCCGCAGAGCUUUUGCACAAUAUGACCAUGAGGCGGCCGAAUUAGGAUCCAAGCUUUGCCGGUCAGGGUCAAAGGUUUACGAGACUUGGUUCCGGGAAUAUAGAUGGCAAAUAUACAUAUUUCCAAGAGCUCCUACUACUCUUCUGAUGGCUUCCUAUUUGGGGCUUGCAGCAGUAGUGAAGCUCCACCUUGAUACUGAAAUUGUGGGAUUGGACUCCAAGGAUUCUACAUAUGGUCGGACACCUCUUUCAUGGGCCGCAUGGAAUGGGCAUGAGGCAGUUAUGAAGCUACUUCUGGACACUGAAAAGGUGGAUGUCAAUUCCAGGGAUUCUGAAUAUGGUCGAACACCUCUUUCAUGGGCUGCAGGAAAUGGCCAUGAGGCAGUUAUGAAGCUACUUCUGGACACCGAAAAGGUGGAUGUCAAUUCCAGGGAUUCUGAAUAUGGUCAAACACCUCUGUCAUGGGCUGCAAAGAAUGGCUAUACGGCAGUUGUGAAGCUACUCCUGGACAAUAGAAAUGUGGAUGUUGACUCCAGAAGUUCUGAUAGUCAGACCCCUCUGUCAUUGGCUGCAAAGAAUGGGCAUGAGGCAGUUGUGAAGCUACUUCUGGACACCAAAAAGGUGGAUGUCAACUCCAGGAAUUCUACAUAUGGUCGGACAUCUCUUUCAUGGGCUGCAGGGAAUGGCCAUGAGGCAGUUGUGAAGCUACUCCUGGAUAAUAGAAAUGUGGAUGUUGACUCCAGAAAUUCUGAUGGUCAGACACCACUGUCAUUAGCUGUAGAGAAUGGGCGUGAGGUAGUUAUGAAGCUACUCCUGGACACUGGAAAGGUGGAUGUUAAUUCCAGGGAUUCUGAUGGUCAGACACCUCUUUCAUGGGCUGCAAAGUGGGGUUAUAAGGCAGCUGUGAAGCUACUUCUAGAUACUGGAAAGGUGGAUGUUAACUCCAGGGAUUCUGAUGGUUGGACACCUCUUUUAUGGGCUGCAUCCAAGUGGCAUGAGGCAGUUGUGAAGCUACUCCUGGAUACUGGAAAGGCAGAUGUCAAUUCCAGGAAUUCUGCUGGUCAGACACCCCUGUCAUUUGCUAUAUGGCAUGGGCAUGAGGGAGUUGUGAAGCUACUCCUAGAUACUGGAAAGGUGGAUGUCAAUUCCAGGGAUUCUAAAGGUCAGACGCCUCUUUCAUGGGCUGUAAAGAGGGGUUAUGAGGCACUUCUAGACACUGAAAAGGUGGAUGUUGACUCCUGGGAUUCUGAUGGUCAGAUGCCUCUAUCAGCUGCAGAGAAUAGGCACGAGGCAGUUAUAAAGCUACUCCUGGACACUGGAAAGGUGGAUGUCAAUUCCAGGGAUGCUGAUGGUCAGACACCUCUUUCAUGGGCUGCAAAGAGGGGUUAUGAGGCAGCUGUGAAGCUACUCCUGGACACUGGAAAAGUAGAUAUCAACUCCAGGGAUUCUGAUGGUCAGACACCUCUGUCAUUGGCUGCAGAGAAUGGGGAUGGGCCUGUUGUCACACUGCUAGAGAACACUGGCAUUGCAUCACCCUGA